CUAGGAGUCAAGCGCCGCCCGGGCCAGCAGCAAUUGGCAGCAGCGGGGAAAAGUGUCCCCCGCCGUCAGCCGGAAUUUCAAAUGCCUUGGAAAGAGGACUUAGAAUUUGCAAAGCAGGAUAAAGCUGCCAGAGUCAUUCAGCAGGCCUGGAAAAGUUUCCUUGAUGUUGCUAUAUUUCAACACUUUAAAAGUCUAAUUGAUUUAAGAAGACAAGGAGAACCGCAUCACAUAAUGAAAUAUAUUAAUCCCAAAGAGGCAGAGCUUCUAGACGCUGCUGCUGGCAUUCAUGUGCGAUUCAGAUUAGGUGGAGUUAAGUUUCCACCUGAUAUAUACUAUAAAAUUUUUACUCACAGACAUAUUGAAGAUCUGUGUGCUAACAGCCCCAGAAAUUACGCAAAACUUCCAGCAAAGCAUACAUCUCAUAAUAAAGAUGAUCAUCUUCAGAAAGAGGAUUGUAGUGACUGGUAUCGUCGUACAGAAAACAAUGGCUGGAGGGCAGUUUCUGAUGGAUUUUGGCUAUCUACUGACAGUAUAGUGGUGGAAGACAAAAAGGAAAGUGAAUUCCAUUUCUCUAAACUAAAGAGAAGGCAAGACUUGGAAAAGAAAAGAAAACUUAGAAAAAUAGAGUGGAUGAGGCAAAUGUACUUCUCCGGAAGUCUGGAGGCUAAGUCAACACAUCAUGAAACUCUAGGACUAAUUCACACUACAACAAAAGACCUGAUUAGAGCUGUUGAAGAUGGUGGCAUAGAUUCUGUGAUGGAAUGGGAAGUGGAUGAAGUGCUGAACUGGACAAAUACACUGAACUUUGAUGAGUACAUUACCAGCUGGAAGGAAAUUGCUACAAGCAACUCUUCAGCUAACUUCAAAGGAUUCAGGUUUGAUCAAACACAGCAAAACAUAUAUGACUGUGGAGGAGAUGUAUCAGAGAUGCAAAUGGGAACACCAGAUGAUACUUACUAUGAAAAUGUUUAUCGAGAACCAAAUGUAACUAGAUUAACGCCUGAUUCUACUUAUGGACUAUAAAGUACUUUAUUUCUUCUCAGCUAUAGGCCUUUGCACCCUGCAUCCAUCAGUAACAGCCAAGAGAUAAUAUAUUCUGACUGGAAUGACUUGUGUAUCUAUUCUGGGCACAGAAUCCAGCUCAGUUAAGUAAGGAAGGUUGAGCAGAAAUAGAACAUUGGACUGCAUACAAUGGCCGUGACAAAUAAAGAAAUUAUUCCUAGUAUUCUGAGAAACUGUAGUAUUCUAACAGUCACACUUAAGUAAAGAUACUAUAUUUAGGUGCAGAAACAUCAAACUGAUUAUUUUGAGUGUUUGAGAUGUUUAGUGUAUUCAUGUAAGGUAGAACUCCCGGCCCCUUUAACCCAUGUGCAAAUGUGCCUUGCUUCUUCCUCCCUUUCUCACUUACAUCCUCUCAUCACUCCAUUUUUUUCUUCACUGAACCUUCUUUCCUCUUCUUGCUUCUCUGCCUGCUUACUCAUCCUAGCUGUCUUUGCAAUUCUCAGUUUCUCUCACACUUACUGCCUAUUUUAUGUCAUAGUUAUUUCUUUCCUUCUUUUAUAAUGUUCUUUAUCUUUCCUUGUUUACGUAUUUCUCUUUACUUGCUUUCAUCAAUGUUGCCCUUUUCUUUUUCCAUUUUCCUUUCUAGAUCAUUCCCAUAAUCUCAGUAUUUUGGGGCCUACAAUUUGCCUUCACUACUCUGCAUGCAAUACAACUUUUUGGAUUCACAUUCCCUUGCUUCCGGGUCAGAGCAGUGAAUUCGUUUUCUGUCACUGCAUAAUAAGUUGUCUCAAGAUGUAGCAGCUUAAGGCAGCAAACAGUUAUUAUCUCAGACAGUUUCUGAGGGGCAGGAAACUGGGAGUGCUUUAGCUGGGUGGCUCUGGCUUAAAGUCUGUCAGGAAGUUGCAAUAAAGAUUUUGACCUGGGUUGCAGUCAUCUGAAAGCUUGACUGGGCUGGGAGAAUCUGCCUCCAAGAUGGCACACUUUGAUGGUUGUUGGCAGGAGGCCUCAAUUCCUUGAUACAUAGACCUCCCCAUAGGUUAGUUUGAGUGGUCUCAUAACAUGGCUGAGCAAGCAACCUGAGAGAGAGAGAGAGAGACAGAGAGAGAGAGAGAGAGAGAGAGAGAGAGAGACAGAGAGAGAGAGGGACCUAGUCUGAGGCCGCACACCAUCACUUCUGCCUUAUUCUAUUAAUUAGAAAUGCAUUAAGUCCAGCCUACACUCAUGGAGAGUAGCUAUUAUCUUUAUUAAGCUUUAUCUCUUAAAAGGAAGACUAUCAAAUAAUUUGUGAAUAUAUUUAAAAUUACUGCAAAGAGAAAAGGAACAAUCUUAGUCUUUCCUUUCAAAACAAACCAGAAGAUAUUGGUACAGGUAGUUUAUUUAGGAGAUGAUCUCAGAAAUCACAAAUUAAAAGAGAAAGUGACACAGGGAAGGGAGGAAAGCCAAAAAAAUUUUGUGUUAAGAAUGGGUUAUUGUUGUGGGUAUACAGGUCUCAGUUUGCUAGGAAUGCUCUGAGGAACCAUAUAGAAUGCACUUCAGAAUUUUCCCACUAAUGGACAGAGAAACCAGAUAUUUAUCUACCAGCAUGAGGAGCUAAACAUUACCAUGCAGCAAUUAUACCUCUAGGUUCA